AUGACAUAUCCAUUAGCCCUUGGCAUCUGUGAGGACGAAACCGGCUUUAUCGAUGUAUGUGUUAGCACCCUUGUUCCCAGUGACUUUGAUAUGGAAUUAGCUACAACUAUGGAUCUUACUUCCCUUUGUUUGCUUGCUGCAAGUGAAGGACUUGAGCCAGUCAAGGCAUGUCAACAUAUAAUUUCCUCGGUGCCUUUGACAAGUACUCGACUGCAAGUCACCACCGUCCUCUCGAUCAUCACUCUCCUGGAUGUCACGCCUACUUCUGUUAGCGUUACCACUACGGAAUGUGUACCUUACACCAUAACUCACACGGAAACGCUCUCUCAUUAUGAAGCUCCUCGGCUGGCAUACUCCACACAUUACAUUACGGAGCUGAAGAUCAAGCAGAAAAAUCGUGCAUACACUUAUACCACGUAUCAGCCUGAAAGCAUCACCAUUACAUACUGGGCUACUGAUCUAGAAAAUCACGUGACACAUGUUGUGGGAACAACGACGACCACGGCUGUAUCGACAGUAUCUGUUGUGAAGACUGUGUCCACCUCGAUUACAGCCACUGCAACAUAUACUCAAGUUUAUGUGUUCAGCUCCAUCACAUACUCACCGGUGCAUGUGACUACAACCAUGACUAACGCCUGGCCGAUCCUCAAGACAGUUUACCAGACGGACUACAUUAAAGAGGCUGUUGAUUAUGUGACAACGGUUAUGGAGACAUCGACAGUCUAUCACCACUGCUUUAUCGAUGUAUGUGUUAGCACCCUUGUUCCCAGUGACUUUGAGAUGGAAUUAGCUACAACUAUGGAUCUUACUUCCCUUUGUUUGCUUGCUGCAAGUGAAGGACUUGAGCCAGACGUAGCUGUCAAGGCAUGUCAACAUAUAUUUUCCUCGGUGCCUUUGACAAGUACUCGACUGCAAGUCACCACCGUCCUCUCGAUCAUCACUCUCCUGGAUGUCACGCCUACUUCUGUUAGCGUUACCACUACGGAAUGUGUACCUUACACCAUAACUCACACGGAAACGCUCUCUCAUUAUGAAGCUCCUCGGCUGGCAUACUCCACACAUUACAUUACGGAGCUGAAGAUCAAGCAGAAAAAUCGUGCAUACACUUAUACCACGUAUCAGCCUGAAAGCAUCACCAUUACAUACUGGGCUACUGAUCUAGAAAAUCACGUGACACAUGUUGUGGGAACAACGACGACCACGGCUGUAUCGACAGUAUCUGUUGUGAAGACUGUGUCCACCUCGAUUACAGCCACUGCAACAUAUACUCAAGUUUAUGUGUUCAGCUCCAUCACAUACUCACCGGUGCAUGUGACUACAACCAUGACUAACGCCUGGCCGAACCUCAAGACAGUUUACCAGACGGACUACAUUAAAGAGGCUGUUGAUUAUGUGACAACGGUUAUGGAGACAUCGACAGUCUAUCACCACUGCUUUAUCGAUGUAUGUGUUAGCACCCUUGUUCCCAGUGACUUUGAGAUGGAAUUAGCUACAACUAUGGAUCUUACUUCCCUUUGUUUGCUUGCUGCAAGUGAAGGACUUGAGCCAGACGUAGCUGUCAAGGCAUGUCAACAUAUAUUUUCCUCGGUGCCUUUGACAAGUACUCGACUGCAAGUCACCACCGUCCUCUCGAUCAUCACUCUCCUGGAUGUCACGCCUACUUCUGUUAGCGUUACCACUACGGAAUGUGUACCUUACACCAUAACUCACACGGAAACGCUCUCUCAUUAUGAAGCUCCUCGGCUGGCAUACUCCACACAUUACAUUACGGAGCUGAAGAUCAAGCAGAAAAAUCGUGCAUACACUUAUACCACGUAUCAGCCUGAAAGCAUCACCAUUACAUACUGGGCUACUGAUCUAGAAAAUCACGUGACACAUGUUGUGGGAACAACGACGACCACGGCUGUAUCGACAGUAUCUGUUGUGAAGACUGUGUCCACCUCGAUUACAGCCACUGCAACAUAUACUCAAGUUUAUGUGUUCAGCUCCAUCACAUACUCACCGGUGCAUGUGACUACAACCAUGACUAACGCCUGGCCGAACCUCAAGACAGUUUACCAGACGGACUACAUUAAAGAGGCUGUUGAUUAUGUGACAACGGUUAUGGAGACAUCGACAGUCUAUCACCACUGCUUUAUCGAUGUAUGUGUUAGCACCCUUGUUCCCAGUGACUUUGAGAUGGAAUUAGCUACAACUAUGGAUCUUACUUCCCUUUGUUUGCUUGCUGCAAGUGAAGGACUUGAGCCAGACGUAGCUGUCAAGGCAUGUCAACAUAUAUUUUCCUCGGUGCCUUUGACAAGUACUCGACUGCAAGUCACCACCGUCCUCUCGAUCAUCACUCUCCUGGAUGUCACGCCUACUUCUGUUAGCGUUACCACUACGGAAUGUGUACCUUACACCAUAACUCACACGGAAACGCUCUCUCAUUAUGAAGCUCCUCGGCUGGCAUACUCCACACAUUACAUUACGGAGCUGAAGAUCAAGCAGAAAAAUCGUGCAUACACUUAUACCACGUAUCAGCCUGAAAGCAUCACCAUUACAUACUGGGCUACUGAUCUAGAAAAUCACGUGACACAUGUUGUGGGAACAACGACGACCACGGCUGUAUCGACAGUAUCUGUUGUGAAGACUGUGUCCACCUCGAUUACAGCCACUGCAACAUAUACUCAAGUUUAUGUGUUCAGCUCCAUCACAUACUCACCGGUGCAUGUGACUACAACCAUGACUAACGCCUGGCCGAACCUCAAGACAGUUUACCAGACGGACUACAUUAAAGAGGCUGUUGAUUAUGUGACAACGGUUAUGGAGACAUCGACAGUCUAUCACCACUGCUUUAUCGAUGUAUGUGUUAGCACCCUUGUUCCCAGUGACUUUGAGAUGGAAUUAGCUACAACUAUGGAUCUUACUUCCCUUUGUUUGCUUGCUGCAAGUGAAGGACUUGAGCCAGACGUAGCUGUCAAGGAAUGUCAACAUAUAUUUUCCUCGGUGCCUUUGACAAGUACUCGACUGCAAGUCACCACCGUCCUGUCGACCAUCACUCUCCUGGAUGUCACGCCUACUUAUGCUAGUGUUACCACUACGGAAUGUGUACCUUACACCAUAACUCACACGGAAACGCUCUCUCAUUAUGAAGCUCCUCGGCUGGCAUACUCCACACAUUACAUUACGGAGCUGAAGAUCAAGCAGAAAAAUCGUGCAUACACUUAUACCACCUAUCAGCCUGAAAGCAUUACCAUUACAUACUGGGCUACUGAUCUAGAAAAGCACGUGACACAAGUUGUGGGGACAACGACGACCACGGCUGUAUCAACAGUAUCUGUUGUGAAGACUGUGUCCACCUCGAUUACAACCACUGCAACAUAUACUCAAGUUGAUGUGUUCAGCUCCAUCACAUACUCACCGGUGCAUGUGACUACAACCAUGACUAACGCCUGGCCGAUCUUCAAGACAGUAUACCAGACGUACUACAUUAAAGAGGCUGUUGAUUAUGUGACAACGGUUAUGGAGACAUCGACAGUCUAUCACCACUCCCUUUGUUUGCUUGCUGCAAGUGAAGGACUUGAGCCAGACGUAGCUGUCAAGGAAUGUCAACAUAUAUUUUCCUCGGUGCCUUUGACAAGUACUCGACUGCAAGUCACCACCGUCCUGUCGACCAUCACUCUCCUGGAUGUCACGCCUACUUAUGCUAGUGUUACCACUACGGAAUGUGUACCUUACACCAUAACUCACACGGAAACGCUCUCUCAUUAUGAAGCUCCUCGGCUGGCAUACUCCACACAUUACAUUACGGAGCUGAAGAUCAAGCAGAAAAAUCGUGCAUACACUUAUACCACCUAUCAGCCUGAAAGCAUUACCAUUACAUACUGGGCUACUGAUCUAGAAAAGCACGUGACACAAGUUGUGGGGACAACGACGACCACGGCUGUAUCAACAGUAUCUGUUGUGAAGACUGUGUCCACCUCGAUUACAACCACUGCAACAUAUACUCAAGUUGAUGUGUUCAGCUCCAUCACAUACUCACCGGUGCAUGUGACUACAACCAUGACUAACGCCUGGCCGAUCCUCAAGACAGUAUACCAGACGUACUACAUUAAAGAGGCUGUUGAUUAUGUGACAACGGUUAUGGAAACAUCGACAGUCUAUCACCACUCUCUUUGUUUGCUUGCUGCAAGUGAAGGACUUGAGCCAGACGUAGCUGUCAAGGAAUGUCAACAUAUAUUUUCCUCGGUGCCUUUGACAAGUAUUCGAUUGCAAGUCACCACCGUCCUCUCGACCAUCACUCUCCUGGAUGUUACGCCUACUUAUGCUAGUGUUACCACUACGGAAUGUGUACCUUACACCAUAACUCACACGGAAAUGCUCUCUCAUUAUGAAGCUCCUCAGCUGGCAUACUCCACACAUUACAUUACUGAGCUGAAGGUCAAACAGAAAAAUCGUGCAUACACUUAUACCACCUAUCAGCCUGAAAGCAUCACCAUUACAUACUGGGCUACUGAUCUAGAAAAGCACGUGACACAAGUUGUGGGGACAACGACGACCACGGCUGUAUCAACAGUAUCUGUUGUGAAGACUGUGUCCACCUCGAUUACAACCACUGCAACAUAUACUCAAGUUGAUGUGUUCAGCUCCAUCACAUACUCACCGGUGCAUGUGACUACAACCAUGACUAACGCCUGGCCGAUCUUCAAGACAGUAUACCAGACGGACUACAUUAAAGAGGCUGUUGAUUAUGUGACAACGGUUAUGGAAACAUCGACAGUCUAUCAUCACUUCCUUUGUUUGCUUGCUGCAAGUGAAGGACUUGAACCAGACGUAGCUGUCAAGGAAUGUCAACAUAUAUUUUCCUCGGUGCAUUUGACAAGUACUCGACUGCAAGUCACCACCGUCCUCACGACCAUCACUCUCCUGGAUAUCACGCCUACUUAUGCUAGUGCUACCACUACGGAAUGUGUACCUUACACCAUAACUCACACGGAAACGCUCUCUCAUUAUGAAGCUCCUCAGCUGGCAUACUCCACACAUUACAUUACGGAGCUGAAGGUCAAACAGAAAAACCGUGCAUACACUUAUACCACCUAUCAGCCUGAAAGCAUCACCAUUACUUACUGGGUUACUGAUCUAGAAAAGCACGUGACACAAGUUGUGGGGACAACGACGACCACGGCUGUAUCAACAGUAUCUGUUGUGAAGACUGUGUCCACCUCGAUUACAACCACUGCAACAUAUACUCAAGUUGAUGUGUUCAGCUCCAUCACAUACUCACCGGUGCAUGUGACUACAACCAUUACUAACGCCUGGCCGAUCCUCAAGACAGUAUACCAGACGGACUACAUUAAAGAGGCUGUUGAUUAUGUGACAACGGUUAUGGAAACAUCGACAGUCUAUCACCACUCUCUUUGUUUGCUUGCUGCAACUGAAGGACUUGAGCCAGACGUAGCUGUCAAGGAAUGUCAACAUAUAUUUUCCUCGGUGCCUUUGACAAGUACUCGAUUGCAAGUCACCACCGUCCUCUCGACCAUCACUCUCCUCGAUGUUACGCCUACUUAUGCUAGUGUUACCACUACGGAAUGUGUACCUUACACCAUAACUCACACGGAAACGCUCUCUCAUUAUGAAGCUCCUCAGCUGGCAUACUCCACACAUUACAUUACGGAGCUGAAGGUCAAACAGAAAAAUCGUGCAUACACGUAUACCACCUAUCAGCCUGAAAGCAUCACCAUUACAUACUGGGCUACUGAUCUAGAAAAGCACGUGACACAAGUUGUGGGGACAACGACGACCACGGCUGUAUCAACAGUAUCUGUUGUGAAGACUGUGUCCACCUCGAUUACAGCCACUGCAACAUAUACUCAAGUUGAUGUGUUCAGCUCCAUCACAUACUCACCGGUGCAUGUGACUACAACCAUUACUAACGCCUGGCCGAUCCUCAAGACAGUAUACCAGACGGACUACAUUAAAGAGGCUGUUGAUUAUGUGACAACGGUUAUGGAAACAUCGACAGUCUAUCACCACUGUAAUGGCGAUUAUGUUUAUUAUUGA